UUCCUCUACUUGCCGUAAUGAAUUAAUGAUCAUAUAGCAGUUCACAGUAUUAUCUAUCCAAAUACAAAAUCAAAAACCAAAAUCUGCUCUUCAAUUCAAAAUGAGGAAUUUGCGAUUCAUUUGUACACAUUUAACGAUAUUCCACAAAACCCUCCUUCAUACCUCUACAAGAUCACUAACCAAAUCCUCAGUCUUCACCCGUCACUUCACUUCCGCUUCUCAAGAAUCGAACCCACCUGCCCCAUCUGAUAAAGUAGCCGCCCUCGUCGAUGAAAUCUCCCAACUAACGCUUCUCGAAAUCUCUGACCUCACCGAGGUCCUUCGUAACAAGUUGGAUAUCAAGGAGAUGCCGGUAAUGGCGGUAAUGAUGCCCGGGAUGGGAUUUAGUGGCGUGAAGGCCGUCGCAAAGGGAGGAGCAGGUGCGGCGGCCAAGGUAGAAGAGAAGGUGGAGAAGACGGUGUUUGAUGUAAAGCUUGAAGGGUUUGAUGCGGCGACGAAAAUCAAAGUGAUUAAGGAAGUCAGAGGGUUUACGGAUUUAGGACUGAAGGAGGCAAAGGACUUGGUGGAGAAGGCUCCUACGCUGUUGAAGAAAGGAGUGACGAAAGAGGAGGCAGAGAAAAUUAUGGAGAAAAUGAAGGAGGUUGGCGCCAAAGUUACCAUGGAGUGAGGAACUCAGUAGCUGGAGCAUGCCCCAAGGCAAUGGGAGGAAGAAAAAUAAAAGAAAGGACAACUUUGAAGCACAAUUUGUUUCUUUCAGCGUCUACAGGAUCUUCAUUGAAAUGAAGUGUCCUUCAUGACCAACAUUGUUCUGGCUGCCAAGACCUCUAAAAUCCACAACAAAUGUAGAAAGUGAGAUUCUUUUAAUUUCUAAUAUAUGUUCACUUAGCUAUGUUUUUUAUUUGCCCCUUUGAAAAAAAAAAAAAAGUGCUUUGUAGGCCUGCACAUUUGCGUGCAUGGAGGCAUACCUGUGUGCACACAUGCAUAUUUUUGUAUGUACACUUGUGCAUACUGUGUGUAUGUACUCAGAAAUGUCUGUACGUGUAUUUGUGCACAUCCUUAGGAAAUUUGUUGAGAAAACUUCAACGAAAAGAUGUAGAAUAGUCUGCUUACCAAUUGCUAAAA